AUUAUGCAAACACAGGCUGUGGCUCCAGUGUUACAGAUCUGGAGAAACGUCUCAUCACAGCUGCAGAUCUAUAUUUCUGAAGUAAUAGAAAAAUCUACACCUUUUAGUGAUGGCACCACGAACCGGUAGGAGGAAGAGCGAGCUGCCAGACCUUUACCAUGAGGGUUACCUGGAGAAGAGGUCAUUCAAAGACAAGACGGCUCGGAAGCUGUGGACCAGUUUGUGUGGGAACACGUUUUAUUUCUUCAAUGAGAAAAGAGAAAACGAUUAUGUAGAGAAACUGGAGCUCUGUGGACUGAUCUCAGUGACGGACGACAGCAGCCCAGAUCCUAACUUGGAUGCAGCCAGAUUCAACGUCCAGAUGAAGAAUGGAACCAUUAAAUUCACUGCACCAAAUGCAGAGUCCCGGGAACUUUGGAAGGGAUUUAUCCACGCAGUGGCUGAGUUGAAGGUGCCCCUCUCCCUCAACCUGCUGCCAGGUCAGCUCCACAUGCUGAGAGAGACGGUCAAAAGUGAGAAGAAAAGGUUGGCAAACCCCCUUCCAGAGCCAAGUCCUCCUCCAGCUGUCAAAACAGAGAUGCCCAUUUGUUACUACGAGGUGCCGCGCCUGGAGGCCGAACUGCUGCUGGAGAGAGAAGCCAGUAAAGGAAACCUGCUGGUGAGACCCGGGAGAGACGGACGCUCCUUCGCCAUCAGCACCAAACAGGAUCUAGAUGGCCCCGUUUUCAGACACUACCGCAUUCUUUCUAAACCAGGGGGAGGCUUCUACAUUGAUGUGGAAAAACCUGUCCACUUUCAGACGCUGCAUGAUGUGGUCACAUAUAUGGUGGAAAGCACAGAUGGAAACUUGACUCCCCUCAUCAUAGAAGCACAAUACGACAAAAAUAUCUCUUUUAUUUCAGCGGAUAAUGAAAACGGAGAGAGGACUCAGCAGCUUCUGCCUGUCCCUGUCUCUGUCCCAGAGCAACCCAGGCCAGUUACCGAAACAAAGACGUUCGAUGAUCCAGAACCAGACGUAGAGGAAAAUCCACCUGCUAAUGAUCAGGAGGAGGAAGAUGUGAGGGCUCAUUACUCCCCUCCUCCAACUCCACUAGCGAGGAAAACGCCUCCUAUUCCUGCUCCACGCAAAAAACUCCCAGUAAAACCACCCAGCAGCUCCACCUCCCCCACCAGCGUUCCUGAGGUGCUCAAGAUGAUCUCCGAUCCAGAGAGGAAGAAGCAGAUCCUUCCUGCAGCUUUAUCCGAGCUAAAGGAAAAGCUGGGACAGAAGAUAAAGGUCCAGGACUGACCUCUCCUACCAUCAUCUCUUUGGAUGUGAACCUGUUGGAGCAACAAGCUCGGAGCGGAAAGGAGGCACCGUUACGGCAGGAGGCCAAGCCAUAGGAGUCCUUUCCCUCCUCCUCCUCCUCCUCGACUAGCUGUCUGCAGCAAAGCCUCUUUAGAGAUUAACGACGCACUGAUUUGCCACUGCUGGACGUUCAUUAGCAAAUCAAUGGACUGUGAAGAUGGGUGGACAAAUUAUGUUCUUGUUUCUCUUGUUCACUUUGCACUUUAGCCAUCGACUAAAUCAACUUAGACUUUUUCUAUUUUUUAAGAGUUUUCCUAUUUUUUAAGAAUGUUUUUAUUUAGCAUACCUUCACAUCUCUAUGGAUGCAGUAUUACUGGU